AUGUUCACAGAGACAUUAAGGAACAGUGAUAUAUUCACUUUGAUAAUUGUACUCUGUGUGGAAGUAGUAAUGGGAAUCUUAGGAAAUGGAUUCAUAGCAGUAGUGAAUAUCAUGGACUGGGCCAGGAGAAGAAGGAUCUCUUCAGUGGAUCAGAUUCUUACUGCUUUGGCCAUUCUCAGGCUCCUUUAUGUGUGGUCUGUGGUCACUGGCAUAUUGUUAUUCAUACUGGACCCACACUUGCUUAUGAGAUCAGAAAUGCUUACAGCAGUGGGUAUUAUCUGGGUAGUGAACAACCAUUUCAGCGUCUGGCUUUCUACAUGCCUCGGUAUCUUUUAUUUUCUCAAGAUAGCCAAUUUUUCUAACUCUUUUUUUCUUUACCUAAAGAGGAGAGUUAAAAAAAUGAUUUUAAUGAUAAUACUGAUAUCAAUAAUAUUCUUGAUUUUAAACAUGUUACCUCUAAGGUUUUAUGAUCAUUUCUUGAUGGAGGUUUAUGAAGGAAAUAUGUCUUAUAGUUUGAGGAAUUCACCACAACUUCCCAGAAUUUUCUUGUUCACCAACUCAUCCAAAGUUUUCUUAAUCACCAACUCAUCCAAUGUUUACUUACCCAUCAACUCCCUGUUCACUCUCAUACCUUUUACAGUGUCCCUGGUAGCUUUUCUCAUGCUCAUGUUCUCACUCUGGAAGCAUCAUAAGAAGAUGCAGGUCAAUGCCACAAUUCCUAGAGAUGCCAGCACCAUGGCCCACAUGAAAGCUUUGCAAACCGUGCUUUUCCUCCUUCUGCUGUAUGCAAUAUACUUACUUUUUAAUGUCAUAGGAAUUUUGAGUGUUGGAUUGAUGGGUGGAAAGCUAAUAUUUUUUUUUGAUCACAUUUCUGUAGUUGUUUUUCCUAUAAGCCACUCAUUUGUCCUGAUCCUAGGAAACAGUAAGCUGAGACAAGCUACUCUUUCCAUGCUCCCUUGUCUGAGGUGCCAGACCAAAGAUAAGGAGCCCAUGGGUCCCUAA